GCUCAUUGACGUCCCCACACACAAACGCCGAUACUUCCUGGGACAAGUACACAAACGGAUAUUUCUUCUCCUUAUACCCACGGACAUUAGCAGUGUCGACGACAGUCGAGGGAGGGACAAAGAGAGCAAGCAACAAGGGCCAAUAGGUCAUAGGAUGGAGCAAAGCGCCCCGUUUGGCGCCUACCUUGGCAACAUUUGAUCUUAAUGAGGUAAACCGUGAACUUAUAAAAGGGCCAGGGGUGCGAGGUACCCCCUUCGUUUUCUUCGUAUCUAUUUCCCCCUCCUCCCUUCAUUCAUACUUCAUUCAUUCUACAUUCCAUCCCACAAUGACCCCUGCGACCCCCAUUGCCGACCUUGCAAAGGAAUGGCUGCGACUCGACCAGAACCCAGAGACCCGCAAGGAGAUUGAGGCCUUGCUCGAGACCAACAACACUGUCGAACUCGAACAGCGUCUCCGCAAUCAUAUCGAAUUCGGCACUGCUGGUCUCCGCGCUGCAAUGGAGGCUGGAUUCUCACGUAUGAACGACCUGACAGUCAUCCAGGCCUCGCAGGGACUAUGCCUGUAUGUGCUAGAUCAUGUCAAGGAUGCCAAAGAACGCGGUGUCGUCAUUGGGCAUGAUCAUCGCCACCAUUCUAGUGACUUUGCCCGACUGACCGCCGGUGUCUUCCUGUCCAAGGGCGUCAAGGUCUAUGCGUUCAAGGAUCUGGUUCACACUCCCAUGGUUCCCUUUGGUGUAAAGUCAUUGAACGCUGCCUGCGGUAUCAUGAUCACAGCCUCACACAACCCCAAGAAGGACAAUGGAUACAAGGUUUACUGGGAGAACGCAUGUCAGAUCAUCCCUCCCCACGAUGAAGGGAUUGCCAAAAAGAUUCUCGAGAACCUGGAGCCUUGGGUCUGGGAUUACAAGUCAUUCGAAAACCCUGCUCUGGUCGACCCCACCGAAAAGCUGGUUCCUGCCUACUUUGAUCAGGUCCAAUCGCUUUGCAUCGCCAAGGAGGCCAAUGCUGCUUCAGAGACCAAGUUUGUCUACACAGCCAUGCAUGGAGUCGGCUAUCCAUUUGCAAAGCAAGUUUUUGAGCGCUUUGGCUUCAAGCCAUUGAUCCCCACCAAGGAGCAGAUCCAGCCCGACCCAGAGUUCCCUACAGUGGCGUUCCCUAACCCUGAAGAGGGCAAGGGUGCCUUGGCAUUGGCGUUCAAGGCCGCAGACGAGGCUGGUGCAUCGGUCGUGUUUGCAAAUGACCCUGAUGCGGAUCGAUUUACUGUCGCAGAGAAGCAGGAGAAUGGAGAGUGGGUCCUGUUCACCGGUAACCAGAUCGGAACCAUGUUUGCCUGCAACGCCCUCGAUAACUGGAGAUCCUCUGGAAAGAGCGAUGCCAAGGUGGCGAUGUUGUGCUCGACCGUCUCCUCAAGCAUGCUGGCCAAGGUUGCAAAGACAGAGGGCAUCCAUUGGGAGGACACACUGACAGGAUUCAAGUGGAUCGGAAACAGGGCCAUUGAUUUGGAGAAGGAGGGUUAUGAUGUUAUUUUCGGAUAUGAGGAGGCCAUUGGAUUCAUGUUGGGCAGUAUUGUUCGCGACAAAGACGGUGUCAGUGCCCUGGGAUGCUUUGCCCAGAUGGCAGCGAAGCUGUACAAGGAUGGAAUUAGGAUCUCACAGUAUCUUGACAGCCUUUAUAAGAAGUACGGCUACUUCUCCUCGGCCAAUUCGUACUUUAUUUGUUACGAACAAGACACGAUCAACAGGAUCUUUGACAAGAUGCGUUUCGGUGCCUCACCCCAAGCGGACGAGAGCGGACGGUUUACACACAAGCCUGUCUACCCUACCCACAUCGGAUCGCACAAGGUCGUGAACGUGCGCGAUUUGACACUGGGAUACGACACAUCGAAGAAGGACGGUGUGCCUACGCUGCCUGUGUCGCCUUCAGCACAGAUGAUUACAUUCUACCUCGAGAACGGCUGUGUGUUCACGCUGCGCACGAGUGGAACGGAGCCGAAGAUCAAGUACUAUCUCGAGGUGUCAUCAUCGACGCAUGACGAAGCCGAGUCACAGGCCAAGGAGAUCGAGGCUGCCAUGUGCAAGCAGCUGCUCGAGCCCGAGGCCAACGGCCUGAAGUACCGCACUUCAGCUUGAGAAACGUACCAUGAGGAUACCAUGAUACCAUGAAAUAAAUUUAAAUACCUUU